AUGAAGGGUAUAUACCAUCAGACUCAUCAGGAGAAUCAAUAUAUUUAAUAAGUGAAAUAAUAACAUUGCUAUUUAUAAUAAUAUUAAUGUAUUAAAGUUUUAAGACAUAUAAAUUAACAUAUAACAAUGAGUUCGAUACAUAUAAUUAUAUUUAUUUUGUAAUUCCUACUUUUAUUAUUGCUUGCUUGUUUCAUCCAAGCCUUAAUAUUGCUAUUUAUUCGAAUAUUUUUUGGACUUUUGCACUGUAUUUAGAAUGCGUAGCUAUACUUCCUUAAUUAAAUCUUUUCUAAAAAACUGGGGGAGAAAUUGAGACUUAUACUUCUCAUUAUGUCGCAUCUUAGGGAUUAUCAAGGAUAAUGUAAUUUAUAUUUUGGAUAUUUAGUUUUUAAGAAUUAAAUGGAGAAUCUAAGUAAGGUAGUAUUUCAAUUACACCUAGUUAUGCAGGAUAUUUUGUACUUUUUUCAUAAGUUGCUUAGAUUUUACUAAUGGGAGAUUUUUUCUAUUAUUAUUUGA